AUGGGAAUCGUCCUCUCUCGAUCUCCCAAAUCUCUUUCCCAUUCGCCGUCGUCGACUGCCGAAGUCGGAGAUUAUGCCGCCGUGUCAGAGAGCGAUCUCCAGCCAAUUUUUGUCCUCCACAAGGCUUCGUCUCGCAACGUAGACGGGAAAUCGAUAGGGACUGUCAGAACAAAGCGAAGGAUCGAUUCACCGCCCCCUAAAAGUGCCAAGAAAUCCGAGGUUGAAAGUGUGGAAGAAGACGACGACCAAUUUUUUUCGAAACUACGAUUGGAAGUUUUCGAGACCGUCUGGUCGAAGAUUGAAAAGACCAUCAGAGAUGUGUUAAAAGAUCUGAACACCAAGAUUUUCAAUGAUAUCGAGAAUUGGGUACACAAAUCUUUCCUUUCUAUCAGAUCACUCCGAACACCAACGGUGUCUGAAGGAGUCAGAUCACUUCCGAUUUUAACAGAGGCUGCUUCCAAACAACUGUAUACUGCUUUGAUCCUCACCAGGAAUAUGGAAAUCGUUGAUGAUUUGCUGACAUUCGAAGAACUGGGUUUGCAUCUGAAGUCUCAAGGAUGUCAUGUGGCUAAGCUCUCCUCCAUGGACAUUUCGGCCAAGAAUGGAGUAGGAGGUUGUCUUAAAAGCUUGUUGCGACAGUUGGUGGUACCGACCAUUGAUGUUGGUGAUGUAACCAUCCUUGCAUCAUGGUAUGGAGAGAACAUUAACAGCAGUCCUGUAGUUAUAAUUGUGGAUGAUACAGAGAGAUGUUGUGGGUCUGUCUUGUCAGAUUUGAUUCUCAUGUUGAGUGAAUGGAUAGUCAAAGUUCCUGUGUGUUUAAUAAUGGGUGCGUCCACAACACAUGAUGCACCUAGAAAGGUACUAUCCGUGAAUGCUCUGCAGCGGCUUUGUGCUAGUGUGUUCACUCUAAGUUCUCCGGCAGAACAAAUGGAUGCCAUUCUUGAAGCUGUAAUAUUAAAGCAGUGUUCCGGGUUCAUCGUUAGCCACAAGGUGGCACGUUUUAUGAGAAGUUACCUUUUGUGUCUAGAUGGGACACUGACAUCUUUUGUUAGAGCUCUCAAGAUAGCUUGUCUUGAGCAUUUUUCGCUGGAGCCCUUAAGCAUCUUGCUGGAGCACUUUUUCCAUGAUGACUGUGAUCAGUUAUUGACAGGUGAAGCUAAUGGACUAUUGACUGAAGCUAUGAUAAAGCAUGCCUUUGGCUUGCCAUCGGUCAAGAGGGGAAAAAUUACCAGAAGCUCUAGUGAAAUUCUGGCUCAUGGUUUGUCAGACUUGCGGAUAUUGCAGAAUCCUUGGAGAAUUGUGGUUUUGUGUAUAUAUGAAGCUGGGAAGUUUGAUAAACUCCGAUUGCUAGACAUUUUCUGUGAGGCACUUGAUCCAGAGGCACAUCACUUGACAUCAUUGGAUGCAAGCUCAGGUUUUCAGGAUUCUGUAAUGUUGCAUUCAACAAACCUCAAUCAACAUAAUCAUGGCUUAGCACGUGGUAGUUUCAUCCGCCGGGUUUUGCUCAAACUUAGGGAUCUCUCACCUGCACAGCUGUUUGCAUUGGUGAAAAGAUGGGAACACCUCACUGUCGAGAUUGGUGAGAUCCAUGACAAGGUACAGGAAUUGCUGUCCUCAAUGAAAUCUGCCGAAGCAACAGCUCUGAGACAAGGACUUCUGAACAGUCCAAAAAAGCAUGCAUCUCGGAGCCAUUCAAAACUUGAAGCCAUGACUGAGAGGGUUGCUUCACUGAUGGAUUUCAUGCUUAGGGAAUACAUGAAGCCAGUUGAGAGCCAUCCUUUCCAUGAAAUUGUUUGUUUCAAGAAUGUCGAUAAACUUCAAUCUGCUUUAAUUGGCGACCCGAGACGCAGGAUUCAAUUAGAUCUCCUGGAAUUCCACAAGAUUCUCUGUUGUUCUUGCUGCAGCAAGAAAUGCAGCUCUGUAUCGCCUUCGAUGCACGAUACCUCCAUAAUGUAUAAACUAGCACAAGAGCAUGCAGAUGUUAUUAACCUCCACGACUGGUACGAAGCAUUCAAAAUGAUACUUGUUCCGCCUAGUAACAAAGGUAGACAAAACCCGAAAGCAUCUCCUCAAAAGAAUAAGAAGAAGAGGAUGAAGGAUACAGCCGAACCCAAAGCAGCAGCAGCACCAGCAGAAUCUUUAAUUCAAGCUAGAUUCUGCAGGGCCAUUACGGAGCUUCAGAUUGCGGGGCUUAUCCGGAUGCCAACCAAAAGACGGCCAGAUUUUGUCCAGAGAGUGGCGUUCGGUCAAUGAGGUGUGAUUGCACAUAUUUAUAAAUAUGGUUAACGUUACAUCCAAAUUGCUUUGCUCGAGACUAUAUAUUGUAUAAAAUUGUGAAAUCCUGCUAUUGUCUUACACUGUCGCCGAAGAUUUGGGAAAAAGAGUGGGUGGGCGGUUGAUGAUUC